AUAUUGUCAAAUUAUAAGAACAUAUCUUAAGAUCAUCAAAUCAAUGGCGUCGAUGCAAAAUUACAGAUGCUGCCAUUGCCGUCCAUCUCUAAAGUGAGGGCCGAGUCGGCGACGGAGACACAGACCGAUUGAUACUACGUUCAGUCGCCGAAGCCGAACAAACAAACAGAAGAAAAAGCCGCACGAUUGAAUUUUGCCGGAGCCCUCGAUUUGCAGCUUCGUCGCAAACUCCUAAUUUUCCGUCGAGAUUUUGAUUUGCGAAUCAAUCCAUGUCACAGGAUUCAGAGAAGAGAUUUCAUUCCAUCAUGGACAAGCUCUUUCAGAAUACACAACCCACUCCAAACUCAAAUUCCGCAUCUUCCCCUUCCUCCUCCAGUCCAUCCGGAGUACAAUUGUCGAGAGGGAAAAAACGGCCAUAUUCUUCGUCUGCUUUGGUGGUGGGAGAGCUGAGGUCAAAAAGUGAUGUAAUUGAGGCGUUGCAGAAGCAUUCUUCAGCUUCUGUUGGAUCCUCUGAUGCUCCAUUAUGCAGGCCUUGGGACCGUGGAGAUCUUUCGAAAAGACUAACCACAUUCAAAUCCAUGACAUGGUUUGGUAAACCUAAGGUGGUAAAUGCUAUAAAUUGUGCUAGAAGAGGUUGGAUCAAUGUAGAUAUGGAUACGAUUGCUUGUGAAUCAUGCGGGGCUCGUCUCCUUUUCUCUACUCCAUCUUCUUGGAAUCAGCAACAAGUUGAGAAGGCUGCUUUGGUAUUUAGCUUAAAGUUGGACAAUGGGCACAAGUUACUCUGUCCCUGGAUAGAUAAUGCCUGUGAUGAAGCAUUGGCUGAUUUUCCUCCUACCCCUCCUCCAAUUUUAGUUAAUAAAUUUCGGGAGCGUUAUUCUAUGUUACUACAUCUUUCAACUCUCCCUGUUAUUUCGUCUUCAUUUCUCAAAUGGACGAAGAGUCCCCAUCUCAAGCAAUUUCUUGAAGAAUUAACCUCGGAGGAAUUUGGUAAUGAUUCUCUUAACAAAUCUGAGUACCUAGGAGAUGGACAUGACUCAGAUACUGCUAAAGUAUACUAUCAGGCUCUAAAGCUAAUUAGCUUGUUUGGAUGGGAACCCCGUUCACUGCCCUAUGUAGUUGACUGCAAGACGGGGUCAGAUCAAUCUCUCAAGAAAUCCACCACUUUGGAUUCACGUCCUACUGUCAAUCUCAUCACUGCUGCCACCAAAGAAAAUGUAGAUGGGAAUAGAAUUGCUGAGCUUUCUAGUGAACUGCAAUCUCAGCCCAAUUCUGUUGUUUUAGAUUGCCGGCUCUGUGGGGCUAGCGCUGGAUUAUGGAAUUUCCAUACAAUUCCUAGGCCUGUGGAGAUCAUCAGAUUGGUUGGACCCACUGAAUUAAACAGUGAAUCAGGUACUAAUGACUCAGCCAAUACGAGCAUCAUCAAUCAUGCAGGUAUUGGUAAUGUUGGUAUAUCAAAAUUAACUUCAACAAUUGCAGGGGGGCCUACCCCUGCACGACAGAGUUUCAAGGCCACCAUCACUUUGCCUGUAAUUGGCCAAAGUUUAAGGGCUAGGCUAUUCAAUGAUGAAAAAUUUAGUGAGCGGGUGUAUAAUGACCAAGAAAUGGUCCAAGCUGAUUCCUCGGAUAAAAAUAUGUUACAAAAUAGCAAAAGCAAUGAAGAUACGACCUGUACUGGACAAAUUGAUCAGCCAGAAGACAUAAGAUUGUUACAGAAUCAAGCACUUGAUCCUGGACGCGGUACUUCUGGUGAUGAUCAGACCCCUUUGUUGGAAGGUACGAGUGUUACUGAUCAGGGAAGCUUACCUGAAUCUAGUUUGAAUGGUUCAACUGAAGAAACUCAAGUAAAGAGGACAGAGAUUGUUCCUGCGCAGAAAACUGAAGUGUUGGAGAAUGCUGAGAAUUCAAUACGGUCGGAUUCUGAUAACAAAUCUGCAGAUCUGCAUCCCCUACCUUCUCCAGUUGAAAAUCCUUUGACGUCAACAGAUGCUGUUAUGAUUACAAGUAGUGAAUGCAGCGAAAAGGAGUUGCCUUCUGAUGUCUCUUACCAAUGUGAUUCACAACAGGUUUCAGAAACUGAUACUUCAAAUAGCAAAGAGGUUUCUUUGCCCGACUCGCAGGUGACCCCUUGUAAAUCCUCAUGCCUUGAAGUUGAUACAAAUACAGAUAUUGCCCGUAUGAAUGAAUCGAUGAAAGACAAACUUGGUUCUGAUAACCACACUACCUCAGAAAACCAAGACCGUGGAGGAGGUGACACCAUUGACAAAGUGCAUACCUCUGUGAACAGCAAGCAUAUUGCCCAUGGUGGAGAGGAUUAUUCUAAGGGUGUAUCAUUGGGUAGUAUAAUGGAGUUCGAUCCAAUCAGGCAGCACAGACUUUUUUGCCCUUGGAUUGCCACAGGAAAUGUCGCACCUGGAUGGAAACAAACCCUAACUGCUUUACAGCGUGAAAAAAACUCUUCACCACAUUCACCUAGGAACGCUCCAUCAGCGUCCCUCAUUAAGGUUGAUGAUCCUGUUACAUCCGUUCGAAAUCUAUUCACGUCUUCUGCGAAGAAAUUGAAAAGCAGUCUAGUUUCUAACGAGAGCACCAAGCAUUAGACACUGCUUUCAGUCACAUAUGAACCUGACAGAGCUUCGAGGAUUGAAUUUCUGCCUCUUCUAAGGUAUUAUGAGAUAACACCCUUUGGAGAAGGGUUUUUCAUGCCAUGCCGUUCCCUCCCUAUUGAGUAAAUUCUACCAUGAAUAUAUCUGUUGUCAUAUCAGUAUCUAUUUUUUCUCAUAAUAGUUGUGGGGUUUUGUAAUAGUAAAGGUAAUUUUGACUCGACCUCCAUUGCCAGAUUGCAGUUUUUCUUGGAACAUAGUAUUGAAGUUGAGAGUGACAAAUUGAGGGCUAUCAAUUUAGAGAGUUAUCGAACUAUUGUCAUUAAUUUAUAAGGUCACUAUUUAGAGCGUAGUUAGUAAUUUGUUUGUAUUCUUCUUGAGGAUGAAGGUUGAAAUUUUUCAUACUUCCA